AGACACAGAAGGACCCGCCCAUUUGGAUUUUCACAACCGUUCAGUUACCACCUCGACUUGCAACCCGCCGUCGUCCUGUCCGCCGCGCUGUAAAGCAAUCAAGCUCCAAUUACGAACUUAAAUACCAGUUUGAAUCGUUUCUCUUUGAUACCUAUUCGAAUCAAAAUCCCCUACGGAUAUUUUCUUUCCAAGUCUCGGAUUCGGUCAUUUGUGCCCAAAUUGAACCAACCAAGGUACUUCGUUUAUUUUUGGGGAUUCCUGAAAUCCACUGUGCAUAUUGCCGCCAUCAAUGAAUCCAGCUCCUUUUCAGUUUGCACCUCCGCCGCCGCCACUUCGUCAACCUAUGCCUUUGCAAUUUCCAAUAUUACCACCCGAACCACCAAAUUCAAGUUCCUUUUGGGAGAACAGUAAUGUCUGUGAUCGGUUCAGGGAAUUGCAAGAUACUCUAAAUCUUGCAAAGGGAAUGAAAAAGGAAUUAGAGAUGUUGAAUAUGAUCAAAGAGAGUAAAGGGCCUUUAGAAGAAGAUGUUACGAAUGGCUCAAAUGAAACUUAUCUUUUGAGUUUUCGGAAGAGUAUAGAGAACAGAGGGGUUAGCAUAGAAACACAAGAAGCAUUGACUGUUGAAGCAGUAAAUUCUUUAAUGUUAAAACUAAGAGAUCAGCUGGAACCGUUCAGAUAUGUUGCGGAUGAAGCAAGUCCAUGGGAAGAGAAAUCAGCGGUGGCUAGGUUUACAAAUAAAGUGCACAAGUCUAAACGAAAUAAACUCUGGCGGAAGAAAAAAAGGAAGCGCAUUGCGGAAAUGCUGGCAAAGGAGCCCGAGGAAUUUGACCGAAUUGACCGAGAAGCUGAUGAAUGGAGGGCUAGGGAGAUUGCCAAGGAAAUUGCAAGUAGCAAGGUCAAAAAGAUGAAAGAAAUUGCAGAGCUUAAAGUCAGAGAAGAGAAGAAGAAACUAGAGUCUGAGCUCGAGUUGCUCUUGAUGGUGGAGAAGCUUCAAGAAUUACGCUCCAUAAGGAUACAAAAGUUGAAAAAACAAGGCCAUUUUUUCCCAGAGGAGGAUGACAAGUUUCUUGAGAGAGUUCAGGCUGCAGUGGAAGAAGAGGAGCGCGAAGCUUUGGCUGCAGCUGAAACAGAUGCUGCUAAAGAUGCAAUUGCAACCGCUGAGGAAUCCAGGAAAGCUAUGCAGAACCAAGGGAAACUUCUAAAAGGAAGCAAUGAUGAAAGUGAAAUUAAGGAGAACAACGAGCAAAUAGUUCAGAGUGUAACUGACGAGGGAGUUGGUGCAACGGAUGAGAAGAAAUCUAGUAAAGUAGUAUCUGAAGGACAGAACUAUGUAGGAGCCUAUGAUCCUUUGGCCAAUUUACCAAUUGAGUUUUAUCACUAUUAUCAUGGAAGCAACAAUGACAUGGGUACAUUGAUCGAGGUUAGAAGAGGUUGGGAUGCUUAUAUUCGACCGGGAGGAAGUCGCAUACCAGGACACUGGGUUCAGCCUCCUCCUCCUGCCAAUGAGAUAUGGGCAUCUUACUUGGUGAGGCCUAAAUGAUUAGUUUGUAAAAUCAUCACCAACAUUGCACAAAUAUUUCAUCUGACAUGUUUUGAAGGUUCAAACGGUGUUCCCGACAAGCCUCGGGUAUAAAGCUUUUUGGCAGCAUGUUUAUAUUGGCAGCGUAGAAUUUUGAAUUUUCAUCCUGUGUUAAAUUUCAGUGCUGAUAAUCAAUAUUUUUGAGGUUGAUAAUCAUCAUUGUUGCACAAGUCUUUGUAUUCUGCUUUUGUGCAGACAUGACAGUGAUUUAGGAUGGAAUAUAAUUCUAUUAUUGUUAUAAAAA